AUGAAAUCUUUAAUCAUCCUUAUUCCUAUUGCAAUUGUUUUUUUAUUUGUUAAUCAAGGAUUUUCUAAAACUACAGAGACAAGCAAAAUUGUUUGGAAACGAGUAAAUCCAAGAAAUAGUACUCUUAUGACAUUAGGAAAAGAAGCUGUUGCAAAAUACGAGAAAGAAAAAAAUGAACAACUUAAAUUUAUAAACAAUAUUGAAGCUAGACAAAGUAGCGAGAAUGGUAAUCAUCACUUGCUCAAGAUUAAAACAUACUUUAAAAAAUGUAAACCAAAUGUUUCAUGCCAAAAAAUGCUUUAUGCUAAUGUUUCUGGUGAUCCAAAUAAUAAAUCACAAUUACAAAUAGAUGUUAGUAGUGAAAAUAUUGUAGACAAAAUCAUACGAGGAAAUUAA